GCACCCCCAUGGGUGCCCGUCAGCGCCAAGGUGGGGAGGUCACGGGAGGUGCCGGGAGGCCGAACCGGGGCGCUCGGUGCCGCUGGGGGGGGGAGACACGCAGCGUGGUGGGGACGGGGCUCCGGGGGGACGCUGGGCACGGGGCCGAGCGGGGAGCGGGAUGGCGGUGCCGGGCGGGAGGCUUGGUAGGGGGAGCAGCGGCGAGCGGAGCCGCGGCGAGGAGCGUAGCAGGCCCCUGGUGCUGCUGUUGUCAUCUGUGUGUCUGUUGUGUGUUAUUUCCAGCUGAUUGGUAAAGAUGGAAAGAGGGAGAGGAGGAGGAGGCGCAGGAGGAAGGAACCUGGGGGGCUCCGGCUUGCACAGGAGCGUUUACUCCCAGUCCCAGCAGCAGUACCAUUACCCGGCCCCCUCGCAGGGGGGCUGCAUGGAGAUCCAGGAGCUGGCCUCCAAGAGGGUGGACAUCCAGAAGAAGCGGUUUUACCUGGACGUGAAGCAGAGCUCCCGAGGCCGCUUCCUGAAGAUCGCGGAGGUGUGGAUAGGGCGAGGCAGGCAGGACAACAUCAGGAAAAGCAAGCUGACGCUCUCCCUGUCGGUCGCCGCCGAGCUGAAGGACUGCCUGGGGGACUUCAUCGAGCACUACGCCCACCUGGGCCUGAAGGGCGGCCACAGGCACGAGCACAGCAAUGGCAAGGAGCAGCAUUCCAGGCGGCGCCAGCAGCACCCGCCGCCCUCGCCCCCGGGGUCUGUGGGCUCCGAAGAGCACCCUCACAGCGUCCUCAAAACGGAGUACAUAGAGAGGGACAACAGGAAGUAUUACCUCGACCUGAAGGAGAACCAGCGGGGGCGCUUCUUGCGGAUUAGGCAAACCAUGAGCAGGGGACCGGGCAUGAUCGGUUAUUUCGGCCACGGCUUGGGACAGGAGCAGACUAUUGUCCUUCCAGCGCAAGGGAUGAUUGAGUUCAGGGAUGCUUUGGUCCAGCUGAUUGAAGAGUACGGCGAGGGGGACAUCGACGAUCGCAGGGGCGGGGGCGACGACCCCCCCGAGCUCCCCGAGGGCACCUCGUUCCGGGUGGACAACAAGCGGUUCUACUUUGAUGUGGGAUCCAACAGGUAUGGCAUCUUUCUGAAGGUAAGUGAGGUGAGGCCACCCUACCGUAACACCAUCACAGUUCCGUACAAAGCAUGGACAAGGUUUGGGGAAAAUUUUAUCAAGUAUGAAGAGGAGAUGAGGAGAAUUUACAACAGCCAUAAAGAAAAAAGGAUGGAUGUCAGAGGGGACAGUGGUGAAGAGCAAGAGGGUCUCGAAUAGAGUGCAUUGGACUGGCCGUCUGGCAAAAUAAACUAAACAAAAAGCAGAAAUUGGUGAGAGGGACUGAUUUGUAGUCAUUUGAAGUUGCCCCGUUGUUUUGUAAAGUCCUUUCCGGUAGCUCGUACUAACUCCAGUACAUAAUAUUGCGGGAGUCUGGUUAUCGUGCUAAAUUACGCCCAAAACAUCUCUGUAUUUCUCAUGAAAGUAACAACCUCCCGAGUCUGUAUGAGUCAGCUUCUUCGAGUGUGGAAGACUAUGGAAGUAUGCGUAUCAGCACAAAAAAAAAAACAGCAUUCUGACCUUUAAAUAGUCUAGAUAAGGCUUGUAUUGCACUUCAGCAUGGUACAAAAAAAAAACAACCCUCAUGCUGAAAUGUAUCAGUUUCUGCUUAUGACAGGUUUUCUGGAACUGAAUUCUGUCCGUACUCAGUCAAAAGGCUGAGAAACUUAGCUAUAGGGCACCUCGUACAAAAACCAAGCCCGUAUUAAUUGCUCAUACAUGUAUGAGGAGGGGUAGACGUUUGAAAAUUGGGACCUGCUCGUUGCUGAGUUUGAAAGGAUAUGUGUGAAAUCUCGAUAACCGGUCAGACCUUUAUGAUGUGCUGGUGGAGAGCGGAAGAUUUGUCAAUAACCUCAUAGUCCUGUGCUAACGGAAUGACCCGAGUAUCCCAGGACAGCGAAGCUGUGCUCGAGUGCUAAGCCUUCCGAAUUAACGGCAAUGAGUAAUAACCCACUCUUCAUCUACGUGCUCUGCCCACACGAGGCUGAUGAUUUUUUUUUUUAACGCGUUUCUCAAAAUUUCAAGAGCUAUUUUUGUAUGCGGGGUGUUGUGGGUUCCAGCAGGCGGCUGCGGAGCGGGUUUUCUGAGGCUGGAUGGCUGCUGUGAUCGAGGUUCCAGGGUUCCCUCCCAAAAGUGAGAUUAACGCGGUUGGUGUUACACGCACGAGGACGACAGCUGGGCGUUUCUCUCCUCCUGCUGAGAGAAAGGCCUUUGGGGGGUUUGGUGCACCGCUUGAUUCCUAUAAAAAUGCAUCUCUGUCAUAUUGAUCUGUAGCGCGUUUUCAAAGCCGUGGUUAAGGCUGUGUCAGGUUUUCUGUCAGUUCGGUUUUGCAGAUGUUAUUACCGUAUGAUAAUAUCCGUGCCCUACCGUCACCCCCUUCCCACCCCGUGUCACAGCUGGGGCCAUAACGGAGCAAUUCGGCGUCUGGCUGCUCACCUUGCAGCACAAAGUCCUACUGGUGGCCCUGCAGCCUGAACCUUUGCAGUCCCUGCAAGAGUAUUCCUCUGCCUGGAGGGAGAGUGCGUAGAGUUUAGCAGGCUUGAAGAAAGACUUUGAAAAUUCUCGGUCAUUUCUUCGAAAUGCGUGUAACUUUGGGGUCUUUUUCAGCUGUUGGGUGACCGGUUCCUUCCCUCCUGAAGGCAGUGAGCAUUUGGUUGAGCUCCAGGUCUUUUAAAUAAUGCAUUGCCCACCUUUAAGAUUUUUUUGAAGAAUGCGUUGCUCUGUCUAGUCAGAUAUUUGUAAUCAUUUGAAUUGGGUUUUUUUUGCAGAGUGGCCUAGUGUGCAUGUGGACCAGCUGUUUUCCGACCCAACCAUUCCUUUUUUUUUUUUUUAAUCUGUUCAGAAAGGUAUUUAUCUGCAACCAGACCGUUUUCACUCUUAGUCUGGACCCACCUGCACACUGCACGGCCACGCUAAAUCCAAAAGCUAUUGCCUGUUACGACAUUAACCAUAGCAAGAAAAGCUGGGGAGGCGGGGGUGGGAACUAAGAGGAUAAUCUGGACUUUAGUUUGGGUACUAACGAUAGUCGAUCUGUUUUAACUUUAAAAAAAAAAAAAAAAAAGGAAAAAAAAAAGAAAAAAAAAAAAAGCUUGCACCAAAGUCACCAAAGAACCUUUAGGAAAUGUUACAGUUGUGACAGGAAGUAAGAAAGUUAAUUUCACUGUUUUAGGUGAUUCCCCCUGUUUGUAAACUACAUAUUGCAGUUACAGCAAGCAAACAUUUGGCUUAGUGUCACAGUGACCAUCCGUUUCUGCACAGAUUGCUCUUUCAGGUACUUUUUCAAGUCUGUAAGGGAUUUUCUCAUUCCACCACUGGAACUGCUAGUGGACCACGGUGAACCAGCUGGAGGCGAUGUGGGGUGCCGGUUCAUCUUUGCUUUUAGGGUUUUGCUCACAAUGUUUUUAACAGGUCCAUUAAAAAAAAAAACAUUAAAAUAACUUCAUGUCCUAGUGUUGGUGUGAAACCAGAAUUUAGCAAAAGAGUCACGGAUACGCAAGCGAGCGCAUCUCUGGCUGCUGCUGCCCGUCACAGUGCCUGGAGUAAGGAGGAACUUGCCGCAGAUUGCAGCCACCUGGAGCUAUGAAUGUACAACCCUUUUACGCUCGCCUUCCCGUGCCCGUGUGGCCUUCCUCCCCUACGUGCUUGACAUCUUCCAGUCCGCGCCCCCGUUUGCCUCCACGCGUCGUGAAAGCUCCUGUGUUGGAAUCUUCCUCGGUUAGGUGUGUUGUAGAUGGUCAUGCAUUCCUUCUGUUCCUUUACUGUUAGUGAGGAGAAGAGUCACAACGGGCGAAGCGAUUGAAAAGGCCUAUUUUCUUCACUGUUGAACAAACAAACAAAAAAAAAGGCAAGAUGCAAAAUGGCUUUCCUUAUUGCUGCCCACUUGGCACUUUGACGAAAGGGUAACUAAGUGCAGCUGGCUGUACCUUAGUUAGGCUGGUUAUCAGCGUGCGUUUAAACCAUUCUUUUUUAAAAUCUUUUUCCUGUGUUAAUUAAUUGGCCUUCUGAUUGCAUUAGUGAUUGUGAAUAGCACCCAGGAACUCGGUGUCUGCUGGCUGUGGGGCAGGGCUGGGUCCCAUGGGAUUCACUAAUGCAUGUACUCCCCGCGCGGGAUGCACCUUAGUAUCCGAAACUGGAUCGGGAUCUCCAAGUUCAUAGCCGACUACCAAUGGGUAAACCACUAACGACGGGUUUCCACGGAAAUGUAUAGCACUGAUGCUUGCAGAUAGUGUCAUUGGAGGAUAAUACAGACUAACUCAAAAUGUAGCAAUGCAAGAUUGUACCGGUUAGGUUUGGAAACGGGUUCCUCAUUCUUUUUGGCAGUGCGCUUUCGACCUCCGAGAGCAGCAGUAAUGUAGGCUGCUUGUGCGCCGAAGGGCCCAUUGCAGUGCUGGGAAUGCUGAAUUCCUCAUGCAUUUGAAGUGUUCAUGCUCUGUGCCCUAAAACUGCCAUGUCCCUUAAACUUGAGAAAACACAAGCUUAUUUGCACUAGAAAGAACGGCCAAAAACAAUUCUAGGAGGACAGGGUGAAGAGCACCAGUCUGAACCUCUUUUCUCACAAGAGAAUUUCCUAUGAAAGCCCUCACCUCUGUUUCAAAAUUGUGUGGUCCGGGCAGAAAGUCUGUCAGUUCAAUAAUGAAAUCCUAAUGCACUUUAUAUUGUGUAAAUACUAGGGGCACGUCUCUGCCACCGGCCUGGCAAGGGGUGCUUCAGCAGCGUAGUCUAAUUCUGGAAGAGGUCGUAUCCCACAUGCCUGUGUCUAGUACAGACCUGUUGUGCUCACUUGACCCAGCUCCGUUCCUGUGUAAGAGGGACAGGCACGGCGGUGUGGACCCUCCCGGCCCCUUCGAGGCGGGAUGUUGAGGUGCAGUUUGCAGAGCUCCAGAGCGUCCUCAGCUGUUGGCGGCUCCACCACUUGCUGUGGCUCCCCAGCAGCUCUGAACCCGGCCCUGAACGUUGAUGCCAAGGCUUAAAAAGGAGUUUUUCAUGGAGAUAGUUUUACAAAGCCAAGUUGUCGUGCUCGGCUUUCCCCUCCAUCAGAGCAGACACUCAUGCUGUCCCUCACGGGUUUGUUUCGGGUGGAAGGGGCUGCGGGGGCUUCCCCCGCACCACUGGCCUCAGCCCACGGCCUUUCUCGGUGAAGGACUAGCAGGCGAGUGUGCUGGCUGGAGGUUGGAAGGCUUUCUGUGGUCAGGUUCCCUGUGUGGCACUACGGAGGAGGUGACAAAAAUCCAGGCAGCCGGCCCAGCCUCCCUGCAUCACCUCUCGUGAACUUCACCCAAAGAGAGGCAGCGGUGGCAGCAAUCUGCUCUUUGUCGUGUUCCUUAUAUGUAUUCAAUAUAUAAAAGUUCAUAUUCACGUGUAGGCAUUAAUAUAUUUAUGUGAGUAUAUUCUAGCCUGUAGUAGCUCGUAGCGAAAUAAUUUAUCUGAAGUACACAGACUAAAAAGAUGGGGCUCAAGAGGCAGUGUCUCCUACUAGCGGUUUGGAUAAACGCGUUAUUUCACUGAGAGCUCUUUGCUGCUUAUCUCGGCCCUUUUAAGAUUUCUGCUCUUAAGCACUCAUCUCAUCUCUUAGGUUUCCAGCAAGGCUGCAAGGGGAAACGUAGGCUAAAGGAGGCAAAACUCUUCCUGCGAGGCCUUGUGCAGGCAGAGCAAGAGCUGCAGGUAACAGCCAACUGCUGCGCUGCGGGCCACGUCGUGCCAUUUCAAAAUCCACCGCAAACCAUUAUUAUUAUAGUGUUCAUAAAAUAUGCCGUUGGAAGUAUUCAAAAACUGUCCCUUAUACAAAACAAAAAACAUCAAGCAAUUAUCGAAAUCGGCUUUGGCAUCUGUUUUUUUCCUGAUGUUGUAGUCUAAUGGUGGUACCAUUUGUCUCCCAUGGCCUGGUGGCAUGACCUGAGCUCAUGGGGAAGGUGUCUGGUAGUCGCUAGGAAGCCUGCUGCUGGCUAGACUUGCAGCCCUUUUAGCCAAGUGUAGUAAUUUUUCUAGCAGAAAAGGGGUUAUUAGCGUGUAUUUUUAUUGUGCAGACUUUGCACCCUGUGAAAAAUUAAUUAAUAAGGAGGUUUUAGUUUCAUUGCAUUCAUACUUUUUGCUGUACAUACGGUAUAUAUAUACAAUUUAUAAAGUAAUUCUUAAAGAAAAGUAUACUUUCCAUUUAAUUUUCUAUGCUAUUUCCUCCAAAAUUAAAAUGUCCUUUAUUUUUAAUUAUUUAACAAGUUGUGUUGUCUAAAAUCUGCCUUUCCCCUCUUGCCCGUCCAUUUCUUUUAAACAAAGCUUGUAUCUGAGAUGCCUACUUUACCCAAGUAAGACUGGAAGUAAAGGCUACACUGAACAUAGCACAAGCUCCUUGCUUUAGUCCUCUGUAUGGAUGCUUUCGGCAGAAAUCUUGCGAAUAUCACAGUGCCAGAGCUACAGAUGCAUGUGGUAGCGAGUACAUCCAGCACCUGGACCGCUGCGGGCCUGGUGUGCUCUCCUACCUGUGGGCUGGGACCUCGGGCUGUGUCCCCUUGGACAAGGACACUGGCAGAGGCCUGAAGUGUCCCCAGGCUGAAGCUGUGCUCCUUGUCACCUGUGCACGUGGUGUUUCCUCAUGGUUUCUCUGCUGAUAGGGCUGUAGGGCAUCGUCUCCAUUCAGCAGUGGCUUUGUCUCCUGUACAUUAUUCACGCUACCACUAGCAAUGUCUUUUGUUGACCCCACUGUCCUGUCGUUUUCAUCUGGAGCCAUGAAAUUUCCUUUGCAUGGCUGCAAAACCAAGCAGAUGGGAGUAGCUGGAGAAGCAAGGCCCACCUGACAUGCUUUGCUCUCCUUUGUGGGAGUCCGACAUGAGGCCCAUGCGGGGCCUGGUUCUCAUGAAGCUUUGCAGCUUUCCUCCACGCCUGAGACGCUUGUAGCUUCUUAUCUCUUGGCCUGCCGGGGCUGUGCGCACACAAGCAGUGGGCAUUCGUGGUAAUUCGGCCUUGCCUAAAAACGGCUGAAAUCCGUAGGAUAACAGGAAAACAGCCCUGACAGGGUACGAGGUGCUCCUGGGCUCAGGCAUUUGGGAAAAAAGCUGAAGCCACAUCUUCUGCUGCUCUGUUUCUCCAAAAUCCACAGAAGCUUUAAUCAGCUGACACCAAUUUUUACACGAUAAUCCUGGUGCUACCAGUUGUCAUUGUAAUGGAGUUGUUCUUCCUGAUAUUUUGUCACACCUGUGCUGGAUUCCCCACUUGUAUCUCCGCAAAGGCAACGCUAUUUUAAAGCAUCGUGUUAAAAUAAGAUACCGGGAGCUCCCCAGGGUGUCAUCGGUGGGUACGGAGAGCUCGGAGGGUUCCCGACGAUUGGAGCUCGGCUGUGGCAGCGUGCAGAGCACAGCGGUGCAUUUCCACCGGUGUGCCCCUAAUGAAACGUGGCAGGGGAACAAAUGGCAGGAAUUAUCAGGUAGCUUUUCUUGCCGGCGCUUCGGGAGAAGCCAGGCCUCUGGCUUCUUCCGCAGAGAAAUCUUAUGUCUUUUUUCCUUCUUUCUUUAAUAACAUUAAUGAAAGUCAUAGGAGACAUUGAUUAAGAAUUGGUUUUCUAGAAAUGUCAAAGCAUACGCCGAGGUUUCAGGCCUUGGACGGCGCGUUGGCAUUUCUGCGAUGAAUGUGAUUAGGUUGUUCCUGCCGCGUGUCGAGGUGCCCUGCGAAAUGUAAACCCACAGCCUUGGGGGGCCUUUUCUUUCCCUUAACUUAUAGAAAUCCAUACACUGGUGUUACAUUCUGGUAUUUCUGCGUGUGCUGAACGUGUUUUCUGUUUGUACCGUCUCCAGCAAUACUGACCCCAUGUCGAGGUGCCUGGCUGCCACCUCAGCGAAGCUCUCACUAAUGACUUUGUGGUCAUCUCUCUACUCGACAGGCUACCUUGAAAUGCUUCACCCGGCAUGUGGAAAUCGCUAGCUCUUUAGAAAGUGGCUGCUGUAAAUUCUUUACAGAGAUGUACACUGUCCUUUAGGUGUUCAGCCCUGUGCUACACACUGGUAUCGAACAGGAAGGAGCAACAGCUCCUGCAUCUGAGCUUUUGGGCAGAGAUGUGCUAGUUAGAUAGAUUGCUCAGACACUGUGGGGCAAGUCCCUCCCGCAGGCAGAAGGACUCUGUGUCUAGCUGUUUUAUAAUCUUGAUAAUUUGCCCUGCACAGAUUUAAUUUGAGGAAACGAUCACCCUUCAUGUCAGCUGCUGGAAGACAGCAAAAGCUAAGGCUCUCUGCCUAGCCCCACCAAGCACAGUGCUGAUACAACAUCUGUGAGUUUAUAUACAUGACACACUGUUUAACAUAGAGGCAAGGGAGAGAGGAGUGUUAUAUAUAUAUAUAUAUAUAUGCAUAAAUAUAUAAAAUAGUAUUUUUUUCCUGUUUCCAAUAGGUCUUUCACUUUUGGUACGUUAAAAUUUUAGCUGUCUUCUGUUCUGUUACGCGUAUCAGAUAUGUUCAAUGUGCAAUACAAGCAGGGAGAUAGAUUUCGCAAGCAAUAUCAGCAUAACAUACUCUUAACGGUAGAUCUUUACACUACAAAUUGCGUGCAAUAGAAUCUCCAUUUCAGAACAGCAGAGACGAUGUGGGAUAAAAGGCGCGGGUUAACCUCAGGCUCCUGCAAGUAUUCCCAUCUGGUCGUUGUUCUCAGCACAUUUUGUUGGCAAGAAGCAGCAGGAGAGGGGGAGUGAGAGCAGAGACGAGCGCUUCCCACCAAGGUAGAGGAAUGAAUAGGCAGGAGGGGGUGGAGGGAAGCAAGGACAGGAUUCGUGCUCCGGGGAGUCACAGAGCACGACGAGUGCUGCCUGCGGUAGGGGAAGAGGUGGCACUGCCAGCGCCGGUGCCUGUGUUCCUGCAGCAACUCGAGGAGAGGCAGGGAGCCCAAGCCCUGUCUCUGCUCUCAGGGACCAGGCUGGGUCUCCUGGGCCCUGUCUCGCUCCUCUUUGGGCACGUCUGUCUGGCGGUAACAGCCUGCUACUGGGUCACCUGCCAGCCCAAGACUAUGCAGCACUGUGGACUUGAAGCGCUGAGUCUCACUGACGGACCCCAUCAGGGCCAAGCGGAUCCAGCUGAGGACAUUGCUGCUUUUCCACUUUGCUUUCAAAGACUCAGGUAACUUCAUUUUUACCAUGCUGGAGGGGACCUGGGCUUGGCCAGGACUAUGUGCAGAAGCGUAGGGGAACAGACAGGUGUUGGUUGCCUGCAAAGGUUGCUCAUGCCAUCUCAGUUUUCGCAGCAUCGCGUGUGCUUUUCUCGCUGCAGGAGCCAGUGGGAGCUGUGUGAGGGAGCAUGGUUUUGCCUUUAGGGCAGCUGCUCGUUCCCGCUGCAUAAGGAAGGUACAGGGAAGGUUGGAGGGAACUAGAGGGAAAGAAAGGAUGGCCCUGCUGAGAAAGCAGCUUUCCAGAAACGCGUUCUGCACCAUCUUUGCGAGAAAGGGUUUGUGUCAUUUUUAGCAAGGCUCUUUGCAGGUGAUCGCCACCGGUGUAGACUUUCUGUUCCCGGACACUGCUGUAGGUGCUCGGAGGUCUGCUCUACAGGAGCAGGCAGUGUUUGUGGCUGUUGAGAGCUGUGCUUUGAAGAAGUGAAGUGCUGCAAUAACUGCAGGUACUCCACAAAAUCUGUCAGCAUCGCAAGCUGGGCCUCCCAGUAGUUUAUUCUGCCUGUGCCUGUGUUCCCCACUGAUAAAAUGAGGUGAACGAUACCUCCCUACCUCAUCAGGGUAUGAGAAAGUUGAGUUCAUUUGGCAUUGCAGUUUUUGUGGUCAAUAGUGAUGAUCUCCAAAAGCAAAGUAAGAUGAAAUUCUGGCUGCAACACACUGAGUAGAUAUGUCUGCAGUGUUUGGAAGGUACACGUAGGUAAGGCUUGGGUUACAUGCAGAACAGUGAAUCAAAAAGAAAUCCAUAAUCUAGAGGAGAAGGGACAGUCGUAAGAGAUUGCAGAUUUAAACUCUAUGCACAUGUCCGAAGGUCAGAAUUAAGGUUAUUCAGAAAAUCCUUAAUUCUGGCACUUUCUGACUUUUGCUCAGUUUUCCAACUUUUUUUUUUCUCUGCUGUUUUGUAUGAAACUACACUGGUAUACUGUCUUCUUGCAAAAGGCACUUGGUUGUUAAAUAGAUUUGGGGUUUUUUUGGUCCUGAAUGGCAUCUCACAAGUCGUACGAGAACUCCACCUCACAGCAUCUUCCCAGGAAGGAAGAAGGAUGAAGAAAUCUAAGGGUGAGGGGGGCAAGGGGAAGUUUUACAUUACGUAAGGCUAUAAGGGACCUCGAGAGAACAUCAGCAGUGGUCCCCUGGGCAAAGGGUGGGACUAGCUAAACCCUUCCUCACACUGAUUCUCAGCCUGGCUGGCACUCAGGCUGCAGAAAGGUACAAAGGCAGUGAUUGACCUGACAUUAAACUUUAAUUUUGCUGUUGUGGGGCCACCUCUGAUGGUAUAUUUCAGGGUCUACACAACAAAAAACACCUGUAUUUCUUCCAAGUUAAACAAUGUGGAAAAAUCUGCUCUCUUAAGCCUCCAGUGCUGGAUAUUCACCAUCCUCCCUAGACAUGGUUUCCAUGGUUCACCCUGCUUGCUGUUAGAUCCUUUUCCUCCUGUCCAGCCUGUGUUUCCCGUGCUACCAUCUUCCUCUGUCCCUUUUUGUCUCACAGGCCACAUUCUCAAGAAGAGUUAUGGAAGCAGUUCGUUCCCUUCCUUGCUUGCAGCUCUUUUACAUAGUUAAAGACUUGUCCGGUCUCUUCUGCAUCCUCUUCUAAGCACAUUCAGAGCCUUCCACCAAGGGUAGUUUGUAGCCCUCGUCAUGUUUUUGCAGCUUUCUCUAAACUCCUUCUGAUCAGUCUGUCUGUCCUGAACCCGGAAUUGGAGAAUCCAAAAUCGGGAGAAAUACAUGUGCUGCCAUCUUACCAGCCUCGAGCAGAAGGAGCACAAACAAUUUAAGAUUUUAUACGCCCAGCAUGCUGGGUUUUUCAACAACAUACUUGCUGACUUGAGCCCUGUUUGUAAGUCUGCAUCCUCCCAGGUCAUCUUCGUAGAGCUAAGACAAAGGCACUCAUUUCUCACCCUUCAUCUGAACAGAGGCUUUUUUCUGCUGUAACACAGAAGUUUGCAUUUACCUUGACCAAGUUGCAUCUCGUUUCUUUUCAGAUAAUUUCUUGACCUUGUCAAGAUCAGUUUCAGUUCUAAUCCCAUUCCUCCUAGAGCUCACAGUCCUUCCCAGGGAUGCACCGUUUGCAGGUUAAAUGAUUCUUACCCAUCAUCAAAUCAUCCAUCCACAUGUGGAAGAGAGCAGUACCUAGGGCAGGCAGAACUCAUCGGGACCUCUCUUGAUACAUCCCACCAGAUUGACUGUGUUACUAAUCAAACAGGCUAAUUGUAGAAAUCAUAACCUGCUCCUCCUCGAGGCUGUGAUUUUUUCCAGCUGCUGACUUUUGUUUCUCCCUGCUUUUUCUGAGUCUGAGUAGGCUAUACAGAGUCUAAACAGUAGUUCUUGCCCUUCUUUAAUAGUUCUAGAAAAUCUGGACUGUUAAGAUACUACAGUACACAUUUUCCACAAAGCCUUGCAAUAUCAAUCUUCUUUUGUGCACGGUAGGGUGGCAGAACACCAGCUAACAUUCAUGCCUUUGCUUAUUUCUGAAUAGGACAUAGAAAAAAUAGCCCAUCAACAGGCCUUCUCCUAAAUAUAAAAGUUAUUUUCAUUGACACCCUCCCCAUCUUCACAAUAUUUAUAUUUGGAUUGCUUCAGUGGUCACGAGCUCAAGAUAUGUUCCUGUCUGUAGGCUUUCUUUGUAGGCACCCACGGGCUUGGGUUAACCAGGAGUAUGUGAGGGAGAGGAAAAAAUGUGUUCCUGCAAAUCAGCCUCAGAAGCUGCCCAUGGUCUAACUGUCGGGAGAAAUGAUACUGAAUAAACCGUGGUAUUCAAGGUGUAAGAGUCUCCUCCAGCACUAACAAGAUACCUGUUUAGGCACAGACAUAAGAAUGCACCUAGUGGCUGCUUGUGCCAAUUUAGUUUGAAAUACAGGCUUUGUGUUGCGUCCCAAACCUCCCAGGGAUUGUUGCAUAACAGUGUAAAACAUUAUUUUCAUCAUGCAAUAAUUUAAAUAGUCACCAACGUACUUACUUGAAUUUUGCCAAUUUUAAGAAAAUUUUGUUUUAAAUUGGCAUUCAUCUGUGUUUCUUCUGCUUCUCCUGCCAUUUUUUAUUUGCGCUUGUGUUCUGUCAUUCCCUCCUCACCUUACAUCGAUGGGAUUUCUGGUUUUCUGUAAUGUUAGCAUUGCUGCUACUUGUUUGAUAAAAAUUGGGGUCUCAAAGCAAAACUGGCCAACAACACAAAUUUCUGUUUUCCAUGAUCCUUUCAGCAGUAAAACACUCAACACACAAAGAACUCGUUCUGCUUUAAACAGAUUUGAAGCAUCAAUUCAUCAUCGGGACCUGAAAAAGAAACCAACAUUAGAUCAGUAUUUCUAAUGGAAAAGGUGUGACCGUGGGGUUUUUGCCUUUCAAGGUGUUUGAAAAUCUGGCUGCAAAUCACCUUGCAUUGUCAGGAGUGUCAAACAACUGCAACUGCUCUGAGUAGGCAAUGGAAGUAUCUUGUACUCCAUGGGUGAAAUACUUUUUUUUUUUUUUAAUUUAGCAAGAUAUUCAAUGUUGAUGUUCACUCUCAGACAGUUCUGUCUCCUACCUGGGCUGUUCCUGCUUUCUCCACACCGGUUUUAGGCACCUCUUCUUAUUUCUUGGGCAGUGGCUACGUGUCGGGCUGCUCAGAAAGCCUUUCGACGAGCUUGUCAUAAUGUGGUUGUGUCGCCACCUCUUUCCAAGCUGCACUUCGAGCAGUGCCCAUCCAGCGAUGCGAGAUAACUGCUUGAAAAGCGCUGGGUUUUAAUUUUUUCUCCCAACUCCCAGAAGCUUCAUCUGUGUUGAAAGUUAAUUGGAUUUUCCUUAGUAACAUUUUUAUUGCAAGGUGAUCUGACAGUUCGGUGUAGGUAUAGCCAUAAAGCAGUGCCUCCCGUUCCGUGCAGGCUCUCGCACCGGUCUAAUCACUUGACACACGUAUCUGAGCGCCUUCCAGAAGUGCGUUUAAGCAUAUGACCAACAUCUGUCACACCGCAGUUGUUCUUUCUUUCAUCCUCUUCCUAUGGGAAAGGCUGGAAUGUGCCAAUGCAGCCGUGGUAUUUUUAACAUAAAUUAAUUAUCCAUGCUGUUCGGCGUUGAUGUCCUAAAGGGUGAGCCGAAGCACGUCUCACACCAGCAGCAGCAGCCCCUGAUGGCUUCGCAGCCAGGAGCAAAACCAGAGGACUCUCGGGCUCCCAGGUGGCCAAGUUUGACAUUGGCACCGAAGGCUUGCGUUGCACCAGAGGAGAGCUUUCCUCACCAGUCUUCAGCCAGCUUUAAAUGCUGGGGGAGGUCGAGGAAUGUCGAGGAUUUAGCUAUGUUGCUCUGUGUUUGGGAACUGUCUGAUGUAGAAAGGUCAUCUCGCCUCCCGAGAGCUUCGAGUGCAAAUGCAAAGCCCGAGGCAGCCCGUGGGUUCAGGCAGAGGAGGGGUGAUGGAGGCUGGCAGGUUGAGCAGUGGCCUCAGCCCACGCCAGAUGGUGGUGCUGAACAUUUCGCAGGGCUUGUCUUCAGUUUUGUGGGUGAGGGACUUAAAGGAGAGCAGCCCUGUGGCUCUUGUGGGGGACUUCUCCCAAGUAUGAGAAGCAACUGCUUGGCCAGCAGUGGGGAAUCAGCUCUGACUGUCAAAUGAGACACUGCAGGGUGGGAAUUCGGCAGGAACUGAAAGUGAAGAUAGCGAUUUUCUUUUGGCAUGCCAGAGGAGGCUUUUUCUGCUGGUGUUAUGACAAUAAGAACCCUUUGAAGAUGAACACUGAGUAGUUUCCAAGAAGAUGAUGCUGUUUUCACAUAAGAAGCCUUCUCUUUCUGGCCAGAGCCCCGGUUAAUUUAUUAGGAGUGUAACCUGGUUGCAGUUAGUGCUGCAAUAGCCUUUCCCAGCCGCCGGGCACAGAACCCCCAGCCUGGGGUUUGGAAUACACAGCUCAAGUUGUCACAGUCAUUUCUCCUGGUGCUCCUCAAGAAAGUUUCCAUUGAUAAAUGUGGUCUAAAAUGUAAUCGGGCUUCAUUCUUUCCAGAAAUUUCACAGGCUGUUUCCAAUAUGUUUGCCCAUAAAGUCGGAGUAGCUCCUAACUUUUGCUGCCCUUCCUUUACAAGACCUUAAUACCACAAACCAGCUCUAGCAGGCGGGGCAGGUGGCAUCCUAUCAUUUUCUUGACAUUUCAUUCUACACUCACACCAAAUACAUUUCCAGUCACCUCUGGUCUCCUGGCCCUUUACUCCACUUUACUGGUGGCUUCUCAAUCUCUGCCAGGAGUAGCAACAUCAUUUUGUCCCACACAUCUCAUGAAGUUUGAAGGAAUUUUCAAGUACCGCGCUUGUGUUGAUGAAUGUGACAAGCAGGAAAGUUUUUAAAAUUGCUUGUUGUGAUCUGUAGUCAGCCCUGCCACUGUCAUGUAAGUACAUUGUAUGUACGUGGCUGUAUACGUGAGGCAUACAUAAGAAGUCAAGAGAGCAGACAGCAAACCCUGUUAGACAAUAAUUAUGUAGUUAUGUUGUUGUGAUGUUGUGCUGCAGUGCGUAACGUGGAAAUAAUCUGUGAUGAGGGCUUGAAAUAAUUCCUAGACUUCCCCUUGUCCUGGCAUCUGCCAGUCUGGAAAGACGUCCUGAUGUCCGAGGGCAACAUGCUGCUGGGAAUCCCAGUCCCUGAGCUUUCCCCUGUGAAGGGCAUGGGUUUCUUAGCCCAUCUCUUGGGCCAUGCUCCAUCUUCCAGCCAUGGAGGUAACUGAGAGUCACUCCUUGUGUCACUGAUUCCUACGGUGGGACAAGAAAAGGAUGCACCUUUCAGGCAGGUGGAGUCAGACUGGAAUUGCUCCUCUAAAGAUUUGCAAUCUCUUUCCCACAUCGUUGCGGGAUGCAGUUUGUCCACCUAACAGCAGGAGCACAGAGAAGCCUUUCAGAUCCAGAAAGACAGUGCCUCAUCCACUCCUAUCUUACUUUUUUUGUUUGGGCAAAUCUAAAGGUUCGGCCCGGCCCCAUGCGUUGUUAGCCAGAAGAGCUGCCUGGGGGCCAGAGGGAAUAGGGAAUAGAUUUUGAAGCCUUGUGUAAAAUUCUUGGUAGUAAAAUUAUGGACUGUUGCUGUAAAAAUAGACAGAAGCAAGCAUUUACAGUUGCUCUGGUUUAAAUGAAACUCGCUGCGUAGUCAACAGAUGUAUUUCUGGCUGAGAGGCAUUCACGAUAGUUACUUUUUUUUCUUCCAGAUUUUUGAACACUCCCAGGAUUUUUGUAGCACUGAUCAGAACAGAUAUUUGCAGCAGAACUGAGCUACCUCUGCGGACAGUCUGUUUGGUGAGGUGCUGAUAAACUCAGAAGAGUUUGAAAGCUGUAGCAUUGCGCUGCUGCCAUCUUUCAAAGGGUUUUUCCCAGCUAGAGGUUGUGGCGGGGAUGAGCUGUCAUGGUCCAGACAACAAUUUGGCUUGGGUUCUCAUGAAGUUACGGGUUUUCAGGUAGAGCCAUCCGGAAAGCUCUGUGAAGAGCUUUUUGAAGGGACAGAUCUCACAUAGCUAUGCUGUGUCCUCUGCCACGAUUUUACGUGGGUGCAGGUAGUGGAAUCAUAAAAUAUCCCGAGUUGGAAGGGACCCAUAAGGAUCAUCGAGUCCAGCUCCUGGCACCGCACAGGUCUACACAAAAAUUCAGACCAUGUGAUUAAGUGCACAGUCCAAACACUUCUUGAACUCCGACAGGUUUGGUGUCAUGACUACGUCCCUGGGGAGCCCGUUCCAGUGCGCGACAGCCCUCUCAGUGAAGAACCUCUUCCUGAUGUCCAGCCUGAACCUCCCCUGUCACAGCUUGACACCAUUCCCUCGGGUCCUGUCACUGGUCACUAAAGAAAACAGAUUGGUGCCUGCUCCUCCCCUCCCCCUCGUGAGGAAGCUGUAGGCCGCCAUGAGGUCUCCCCUCAGCCUCCUCUUUUCUAGGCUCAACAGGCCUAGUCACCUCAGCGUCCUCAUACAACUUUCCCUCUAGGCCCUUCACCGUCUUCGUAGCCCUCCUCUGGACACUCUCCAACAGUUUCACGUCCUUUUUGUACUGUGGUGCCCAGAACUGCACACGGUACUUGAGGUGAGUAGGAAUAUCCUGUCUUUGGUGAAUUCCCACUACUGAGCACCUUGAAAGCCACCAGCAUUCGUUAAUGGCUCUGCAUAAUUGCCACCAAACCGCAUGCCUCGGGAUGUCACCUAACGCUUGUGGUCGCCGUGCUGAUGGCACCAACGCAGCGGUCCCUGCAGUUCCCAGCACGCUGGCGUGGUUGAGCUCGAGGUGCUGAGUGGCCCCGUUUGUAGGUUAUCCCUUAGACUUCCCACACAGGUGCGUGGGAAAUACAUGGUGUGUACGGUGUGGCCGGAGGCUGCACAUCACAGCACUCCUCAGCAGGGGUUUGGGGCUGACGGCCGUGGUCCUGUGAGCUCCAAAAGGAGCAAAUUUACAGUGCUAAGUGCCAGGGGAAGAGCUAAGCGCAAGGCCUAGCACUAAAACUGUGUUCAGCUGCACCACUUAGGUGUUUUUAGCUUCUUUUCUACGCUCUGGCAAGUGAAUGUUGUCAGUUGGUGUGAAUUUAGCACAUCCAUCUCCCAUUCCCCCCCUAAUCAUCAAAAGUGAUUUUAUUUUCAAGUCCUAUAAAGCCACAGCGUGUCUCCUGUUGUGUGAUCGCUUUGCUAGCUCUCUGAGACAUGAAAGGCUGCCGAGAGAAAGCCUUUUGCUGGGCCCUUCCCGGGCGCUGCGUGCCCCUCGCUGCGGGUGGCAGUGACCUGCUGCACCUGGGGGAAGUCCCAUUUCCUGCCAGCCCAGAGAUUAUAGGCCAGGUUUUUAUGUUAACCUCCAAAUAUCGAAGGGACCUUUUAAAAAUUCGAGCGGUUUUAAUAAUGCCCCCAACCUGGCAGAAUUAGGAAAGUGGCUUUUUGGCUCAGCCCCUUGCUUAGGACACUGAGAACAGGCACUGCGUGUGACAAGGUGAACUAAACCUCGCUCAUCUCCGAGCACAACCUUUACACUGACAUUUUCUUUUCUUUUUGGCCAUGCUGCAUCAAAGCAAUUGCUACUCAGCCGUACAGCAACCCUUGCACAUUCCCUCUGUGACCAUUCCCAUCUCGAGGAGGGUUGCACGGAGCAGUUACCUACAGCAGAUCUGAUCACGCACUUACUGUAGACUACCUGCUUCCUCCUGACUUCCAGCCUGCAGAAGCUUGCUUGUAGUCAGCAUAUGACAGCUUCCCCAGGGACGUGCCUUUCUGUGUCUACUACAAGUAUUUCUGUGAGCUUCAACUAUUGCUUCUUGCCACAACUUGAUGUUGUGCCUCGAUCCUUUGUUAUACAUAACUGUAAUUUUGUUUCCCUGAACGCAGAGGUAGCUGCAGUCUGGAAGUACAUGUUUUGAGCUAAACGUUGCCAGGAUUUUGUCCUCCCCUGGACAUUCAAAUCGGUUGCAGAAUCAUUGGAGUUGUUUCUUUCUCUGUGCCUAACAGCAAGUCACUUCCACGUCAGCUUGGGAAUCAGCCCAAGGGUUUGGUGUGGGUUAAUAAAUUCAGGUAGGUGGGAUGAGCACACAGAAAAGCGGGUGUGAAGACGUUGAGAUAAGAGCUGAGCAUCUGCCAACCUUCUGUCCACUCUCUCCUAGUCCUGCGCUGGCUCUGGCUGCUGCAGCGGGUGGCAAGGCAGGGAGCCACCAGGAUGAGGGACCUUCAGAGCCUGCAUGUGGGACCUGGGGCAAGAUGGCAGCAAGGGGAAGGCGUUCUGGCCGGGCUCAAGAGCGUAAAAGGUGAGAAUGAACCAAAGGAGAAGCUGCACUGUACGUUCACAGGAGACUGCCCCUUCACCACAGCAUUUCGUGAGCUCCUCCGCCAACACCCCUGCUCCUGGUGACCAGGACAAAAGGCAGGAGGCAAGCGCUCCUGAAACUCAAGAUUGUGUCAAGCUGGUGAGCAAAGAACAGCCACGAAGCCCCAGGAGGCCCUCAGUCGCCGCCAACUGGCUGCAGACACCUGAGCCAGGCAAGGGACCACCUCCCACCUGUACUGGAUAUCAUGAUAUAACUGCAAAGGCAAGACAAAAACAGCUCUGUUCUGGGUACCACAGGAGCCCAACUAUUUUAGCCUUCCCUUGUUGUCUCGUGGGACUCUUACUCUUGCCUGGCACCCAAGGAAGGCGGCCACUCUGGAGAGCAUACGGACAUUUCUGUCCUUGGGAUCGGAGUGUGCCAGCAUGCAGCCAGUGCGUGGGCUUCCUGCAUCCCUUGUGCUCAGUAACAACAUUUUCUGCAUACACCAGCACAGGCAUCCCUCGGCACCAUGGAGGGUGACCCUUUGAGUUAACAAGCGAUAGGUUUCUUCUGGCUGUCUUACUAAAAAAAGAAAAAAAAAAAGAAAUGAGAAGGUGCUGCAGGGAAUGCAACUCCAAAUCUGGUAAAGAAACAGUCGUUUUUGCAGGCUAAGCUAUAAAGGAGAUGUCAUCGUGUCCAAAGUGUUAGCCCCACAAAGAGGAACAGAAAAGCUAGAGGAGCAGACUCUUGAAAUACCAGUAAGAGGUAAGAGAGACAGCUCUUCCGGUCCUUCAGUGCCGCAGGAUGAGGAAGAGAAACCACGACCUGGGACAUCCUCUCACCCUCCUCACCCUCAUAGGCUCUCGACGGUGUGAAGUUUUUCCUCCUCUGUGCUGCUACAUUACACUCCAUGUCCACAAGUUUCUGUGACACAGAAAGCACAAACUUGUCUGUGUGUCAUGGUUUUUUUAGACUCUAAUGAAUUUUAGUUUUUUACCGCAAUGGACUUAUUUUUUUAACUGCUCACUAGUGGUUCGUUUCCCUCUUAAAAUGAAGGGAAAAAUGAAGAAAAACUUAGCAAAAAUGCCCACGCUUGCUUUCGGAGCCUGAGAGGUACACCAGGUUAACACCUGAGGGCGGGUUUGCCACUGCAGCAUUUGGGCAUUGAGGUAAGUACAGCAGAUGCAUUGACAGCCUGGCUCUUUGUCCAGGCUGAGACCCUGCAGCAGUGCUUGAGCUGUUGCCAUAUGCCCCAGGGCUGCGCUCUGCAGUUGUUCAACCCCUGUGCCAACCUCUUCCCCUCCACAAUAGCAAGGCUGAAGGUGCUGUGCACAAGAGGACAAGCAGGAGGCUACAGCAUGGGUAUUUUUCACUUGCUUCAGCCUAGGCACCAGCCUUCUCCUGGAUUUUAGUCUUCCGGGAACCUGUUCUGCUGUCCUGCUUGCCAGUACUUCGACCUUCCACCAAAGGUAUCCCAGCUUUCCAGCCAAACAGCUGAUUUUUUAUUUUAUUUUUUAAGAAGAAAAAUCAGUAGUUGGGUGCUAGCAAAUCCUAGAGUUCUCUUUUAGCAGUGGAGGAGUUUUCUCCCUCUCCCUUGAAUUUUGUAUGAAUGCAGAUACUAAUGUGAAAAAAGAGUUGUAAUAUCAGGAAAGGAGAGAUCAGAACAAAGCGUUCCUCUGGAUAGAGUUUGAUGCAAUUUUAAGCUGCUUGUAGAAGAUUGGCUGGGAAGGUAAACUGAUUUGGGCUGAAAAAGCUGGUGCCAUUAAACUAUAUUAAGGAUGCUUUAGUAGAUGGUCCAAAAUAGCUUUUUUGCCACCUCUGACAUCCAGGAAAGAUAAACAGAUUUUUGGUCUUAGAUUGAAGGUGUGAUUUUUGCUGGAAGAAACUUACGUUCUUUAGAAACCAUCUCAGGAUGACAUUUAAUGCCAAAAAUAUUGCAUGGUAACCUAAGGAAAACAAAACACGCAUUUGAAUCAACACCGGGCGAGCGUUUGCAGAGCUGCACCGCGGAGCCAGGCAGGCACGCUGCGUUGGAGUUAGGUGUGAGUUGUAAGCUGCCUUCCUGGCCACCCCGGGGCUCGGUCCAUACCUGCAGAGACCCCCGGACCUCCUCGCACUCUCCUGCAUCCCGCCAGUGCUGCGAUGUCGGUACUAGGUGGGAACCUGAGUUUUGAGGGUCCUUGGCUCUUGAUGCAGUCCUUGGUCACCAGCUGUUGUCAGAGGUGCUGUGGCAUUUUGUACAGAAAAAAAAAAAAAAGAAAAUGUAUAUUGGUUCCUGCUUGAAUUUCACGUAAAAGGAUUUUCUGCCAACUAACCCCACGCUGUUUCAGCUGUACUUUAUCCUCCUUUCUUUCCCCUGGCAGUUACGCACUGCCCAACAAGCAAAGCGAUUUCCAUACAACCUCUACCUUACUUGUAAGCGUGCAUUACAGACCUGAACUAGUGGUAAUAAAAUGCUUUGCUUUCAUGGUGCGGUCCCAGUGGUGCAAUGUUCCUGCUGGCAGGCACGUGGUUACACCAGCGCAGCGUGCCAGCUGUCUCCUGCUGCCCCCAGCUUCUCAGGAACGUGUUUCGUAGUGCUGGACCCAGGUACCAGCCACAGCAGCUGUGGUCACGAGGUCCCCGUGAAUAAAUUCAUCCCGUACGUAUCGUUCCUCUGGGUGCACGUCCAGCCUUGGAUGUUUGGUCGGGAUAGCAUCCUGGUGGUCGAGGAGCAGCCGCUGCCAGGGGAGGACUGGCUUUCUUGGCUGUGACCUGAAUUUGUCCCUGUCCCUGUCCGUGUGCAAUCGUCUCACCAUGAAAUUUUGGCUACAGGUCCUUUGUUUCCCACUGCUCUGCAUGCCUGCUGCUUGGUUUUCUUCACCCCUUUCUGAACAACUGGAAGUUCGUGGCUCCAUACAUACGUUGUUUUUUUUUUUCUUUCACUGUACACAAGAAAAGGGCAUGUUUUUUGUCAUCCCACAUGGUGGAUAUUUUCAUGCGGGGAAAAAAAAAAGAUGCUUCUCGUCCACAUUUAAGUAAAAUUUCUGCAAAAAGCAGAAAGUGUAAAAGCCAGCUGCAGUUUGGGAAUAUCAUUUCGUUUUACACAUCACCGAUGCUUUUAUUGAAAGCAUUUUUUCACUUACACAGAAUUUAAAGGCCAUAUGAUUUUCCUGCUGAAAAGCAUGCAUUUCAAAGCACGAGUUUGGAAGUGUUUUUAUGGCACAGUGGGUUGCAUUAGACCCACAGCUGGUAUGAGUUGAACUGGACACAGCUUCCUGUAGCUGAGGCUUGUAACAUUUAGUUUCCAAGCGCCGGUGUGGAGGCAGAGAGCGUUUGGGCUGGAAUCAGGCUACUUCCAUGCAGGUUGGUGUGGGCUCAUUUCAGCACAUCUCGUUCCUCAGGCACCAUCCCAGAGCCUCCGGGAAUUUUCCAGGCACAGGAUCCACGGAGCUGUAGUAGUACAUAUCUGCAUCUGUGUCUUUUUUUGGAUGGUGAUAACGCAGCCUUUUUAUGGAGAUUGCCAUUUUGUAAAUAAGCUCCUUCGCGAGCACCACCGCUAGGACUACAAAAGAUGGAUGAUUAUUUCUUCCCGGAAUUGGUUUUCCGCUGCGGGAUCUGUUUUUUGUUGUGAUAAUUUGCAUAUAAUUAAAAAUGGCCCCAUGUCUUCGAUCUGCAUUAUGCCUGUGGUACUGAGCAAUCCUGGAUCGUAUUUUACUCUGCAGUGUGCUGUGUCUGGGAAUCACUUUAUUCACCGCUGAAAAUCAGCAUUUAAUUGUGGCAUACGGAUAUCUGCAGGCUUUGAUGCAGCGAAAGCCUCUGCCUCCAAAAAUAAAACGUUGCCUCUCAUAAACUUUCAAAUGAGUUGUUUUUGGAGGCUGGAAAAGUUGCCAAGAAAAUUUGCAUGAAAAUCUAGCGUGCCGGCUAAAGCGUGAUUCUGCUAAAGCCUUUAACAUCCAGGUCUGGGCGGCGCUCAGGUAAGGCCGUGGGCUGCCGUGAUCUCCUGCGGCGUUUCGGUGCCACACCAGCUCGGUGCCGAAAGCCCCGGCAGUCUGUUUGCUUUCCUGCCUGCUUGCAGAGAUCCCAGAAGGACGGCGGUGCUGCUCUGCCAGGUUAGCGGUGAGCUGGGCCCGGCGUGGCGCAGCAGGCAGCCUGCUUGCUGCUUUUCUCGGGGAAAACAUGGAAUAGCUUUGCUUGUCAAAAAUCAGAUGCAGCUGCCAUCCCGGUGGAGGUGAAAUCGCCAGGAGUCACAGUCAUAGGUAAGGAUCUCUCUCCCAGGCAGUAAAAAUAUAACACGGUAUGAAAACUUCCUUGGGAGAGCAGUGUGGGAAACUACCCUCCAAUUUGACACAGUUUCCUUGCUUUAGAUUUAUUAUCCAGUGAUCAUCAUCUGCCAAAAAUCCUUACAGUCAGAAGAGAGAAAAAAUUCAGGGGGCAAAGGAGCAAUUUCAGUGCUGUACUUUUCAUGCGGGCAAAUUUUCAGUACGUAUGAUGUUUAGUUUUGGUCCCAGCAUUGAGAUCAACAUUACUGAAAGCAAAUUAUCCAUCUACCUAC